AUGCCUCCCCCAACCGGAUCCAUCAUGGCUUCUGAAGCUGAACAGAGCAUGUUCUUUCGCCGAAGAUCUUCUGCCUGUUCCAAUACAACAGCAGAUCAGGCGAGAGCACAGCUUCUUCGAGCUUUUGAGGAUGCGGAUAAAGACCAGAGUGGGAAAAUCUCGAAGGAAGAGCUUAGCAUAGUUUUGCGAAACAACCUGCAGAUUCAACUGUCCGAUCCAGUCAACGACUUGGAGAUUAUUUUCGAUUCUCUGGACAAUGAUCACAAUGGUCUCAUCUGCUAUGACGAAUUCUGUCGUUUGUUCGAGCCGAUGAUUGUGAGAAGAGCCUCCUCUUCGGGAACGGGCACGAUGGACAUCGACGAUUUGAUGAAGGAGGCUUUCAAUACCAUCCUCAACGAUGCGAAGGUUGAGCGAAGUAUAGUCAUACAGGGAUUCAUGCGCGCACAUCAGAAGUUGGAGAGGGAGGGCAAGGGAUUCGGCAAGGCGUUCUGGGGUUCAAAGUGGAGAUUCAAGCUUUUUGAUGCAUUCUAUGCCAAACCUUCCAUUGAGGGUUCCCAUGUCGAAGUACAUGAUCGUUAUGUUCAUUGCAAGCACAAGCUGGCAGAUGCAGCUGAGGGCAAAAACGAUUGGCUGAACAAGAUGAUGACGGAUGAUCAAGAAUUCCGCAAAGAGCUCAAGGAUGCAAGCAUCAUCCCCGACUAUUGCAAGAAUUGGUUGGCUUACAUUUUAGAAAUCGAGAAGAAGGAAGUGAAUUUGAGCCAGCACAAAGUGUUCUGA